GCUCGCCCCACUCCCGCCCAGCGCAGCCGCCGCGGCGGGGCCGGCACCUCCCCGAGUGCCGCACCAUGGGCAGCCAGGGCUCCAAAGCGGCGGGCGGAGAGCCCGACACCGCCAAGGCCAACGGGCAGGAGAACGGCCAUGUCAUCUACAACGGGGACAUGACGCCCAAGGCGGGGGUCGAGGCGUCCCCCCAGAACGGGAACGGCUCGGCGGAACCCCCCAAGGAGGAGAGCCAGGGCGGAGCGGACGCCAUCGAGCCCGCCCCGGCCGCCUCGGACGGCGGCGACCCCCAAGCCGAAGGAGCCGCGGCCCCUAAGGACGCCCCCAAGAAGAAGAAGAAGUUCUCGUUCAAGAAACCCUUCAAGCUGAGCGGCAUCUCCUUCCGCAAGAACAAGAAGGAAGCCGGGGACUCCUCGGGCUCCUCGCCCACCGAGGAGCAAGGAAAGAGCGCCGAGACCCCGCCGGGGGGGCUGCAGCCUUCGGCUCCCCCCGAGGAGGAGGAGCAGCAGCAGCAGGGCGGCGAGGGGACCGAGCCCAAGGAUGGAGGAGAAGCCGAGGAGGAGGAGGAGAAGCAGCAGCAGCAGGGAGGGGAGAGCCACGGAGACACAGCCAAACCCGAGGAGCCCACGAGGGAGCAGAAGGAAGAGUAGAGAGCGCUCGGGCGCGGUCCUGUGCUCCGCGGGGACCCGCACAGCGCCCUCGGCCCCUCCCUGCCACGGACUCGCCCGCACCGCCCGAGGACUGACACGCACCGCGCACCCGCUCCUCCCCUCGCAGGUAUUUUCCUCUCUCUGUCCCUUCCCCGCCCCGUUCCUGGUAGGAAAAAAAAAAAAAAAAAAAAGGAAAAAACAACAACAACAAAAAAGCUGGUUUGGAUUCCCAUCGCCGCCGCCGCUUUGGAGUAGUUUGAGCUGAAUUCUUUGGGGGAAAAAAAAAUAACAGCGACGGAAGAAAAAAAAAAAAAACCACCGCAACAAACUGAGGAGGAAGAUUUGUCCCGGAUGCCUCUGGAGUUUACAGUUUGUAAGAAGCCGGAUCCCCAAAUCCUGCUCUGGAUCUCUCCAGACUGUCCCCUCUCCUCCCGGUCACACUGACUGUUCAAAGGGAUUUUUGAUUUUAUUUUUUUUUUCCCCUUUUUCUUUUUUUUUUCCUUUAUUUCUCAGUUUACAUUCCUGGUUCUGACUUUUCAUUUCAAGUGGGGUUUUUUUUUUGUGCUUUUUUUUUUUUUAUAUAUAGAAAUCGACGGUUUAAAAAGCUAAUCUGGUUAGGUUUUGUUGGUUUUUUUUUUUAAAUAAUGUCUUCUAUUGGCUUAAAACCAUAAAGCUUGUAAGUCCGCUGUGUUUAAUUCUGCUUUAAGGGGUAACUUUUGGGGUGUGGGGUGGACACAGGGGGGACCCUGCCAGCUGUAUAAUGUGAAGCCAACGUCGUUUCUUUCUUUCUUUCUUUUUUUUUUUUUUGUUUUUCCUCUGUAAAUAAUUUUUUUAAUGGCCAAAAAAAAAAAAAAAAAAAAAUACAACCGCCGCACUCGAUCUGCGAUUUUCUAACUUGUAAAAAAAAAAAAAAAAAAAAAAAAAAUCACCAAAAAAGCUGUAACAUUGGAAAGGAAUAAACGGUGACCCCUUGAUGGGAGAGCUCGAGUCCUUCUUGUCCCGAGUGGCAGCGGGGGAAGGCGGCAGUUGCUCCUUUAUCGCGACAGCUGCUGCGGUUAAUCAGCGCUCGCCGUUAAUUGACUCGCAGCAGAUGCAGAGCCCCGGCCACAAAGGACCAGCCCAGCCCCGCCUCGGACCUGUUCUCCUCCCCAUCCCGCUUUUUUCCUUCACAAAACCCCUCGGGAUGAGGCGAAAUCCCCGGUGGGAAGCUGGGCUCCCUUGAAA